AUGUGGAUCGAUCGGAGGGGCUGUUGGCCUGCUGGACGAGAUGGAGGAGCAGGGAAUUCUCCCGGAUCAAACCGCCCUCUUGACAGCGCUCAAUCUUUGCUCCACACACGGCGCUCUCGCGGGGGCAUUGUGGUACACAAAAUAAUAGCGGAUCGUGGGCUGGAGAAGAAUGUGAUCAUCUCAAAUGCGAUUAUCAACAUGUAUGGAAAAUGCGGCCAAAUCGACCAAGCCAGAGCUUUCUUAGAUAGAAUGUAUUUCCGAGACACAGUGUCUUGGAACGCCAUUGUUUCUGCAUAUGCCCAAAAUGGGCAUCAGUCGGAUGCAGUGAAAAUGCUCUUUGUCAUGCAGCUCGAGGGUGUCAAGAUUGGAAAAAUCGGAUUCGUUACACUCCUCAAGACUUGCUGCGACCCAAUGUUCCUGCAGACCGGCAGACUCAUUCACUCUUGUCUUGCGGAGGAUGGUCUCCAUGAGACGGACGUCACCACCGGAACGAGCCUCGUUCAUAUCGCAGAUGAAUCGAGGAGAGUUUUCCAGAGCAUGGAUUGUCCAGACGCAGUCGCCUGGUCGUCGAUCAUUGCAGUUCUCGCGGAGCAAGGCAAUGGAAAAGGACUGGAGGCGAUGGUGUUUCUUUGGCGCAUGCAGCUAGAGAGCGUGAGGCCGAACAACGUAACUCUCGUGGCGGCGCUCAAUGCUGUGGGAGCUUGCUUGAUGCACUUCGCCAAGAUCUCUCACAAGGAUGCGACGUCGUGGAAAGCCUUGAUCACGAUCUACGCACAGAACCAGCAUGGAAAAAUCGCACUCGAUUCGCUAAAACACAUGCAGCUAGAAGGAUUCCGGAUGAACAAGCACACUUCCGUAAACGCUAUCAUUGCCUGCACGGAGAUCUACUCCUUGAACGAUGGCAAGCGAGUCCACGGCUGGAUUCGCGAGAGGGGAAGGGAGCUGGACGUUCUACUCGGCAACGCAGUGGUCAAUCUCUACAGCAAAUGCGGGAGCCUGGACGCUGCGUACGCGAUGUUCUUCCAGCUGCGAAGAGAAGACGUGAUAACCUGGAGUGCAAUGGUGGGAGCCUACGCUCGCCACGGCCACGCGCCACGCCGGGCUCUAGGACGCUCACUGCAGCUUUGUGUCGAUGAGGAGCGACUAUGGGAUCCCCCCCGCUGCGAAGUACUACGUGUGCAUGGCCGAUCUUCUCGGGCGAUCGAGGAGAUGGUACGUUUCGUGGUAUGCUCUCCAGUGGAGGGCGAUGCCGUGGUGUGGAGGGCCGUGCUGGCGGCUUGCAGAAGCCUCGGCAAAGUUGAGAUUGGGAACCGAGCUGUUAAGCGGACUCGUGAUUUAGAAAACAAGCGGAAAAGAGAAGAUAAGCGAAGCAAUCCUGACAUACCCGGUAUGAGAACGUCUGAGUUCCAACGUACGUAG